GUUUUUGGUGAAAGGUGAUUAGGGGUCUGGAUAUGUCAUCCAAUUAAAAAAAUCGCGCAUUUGAGCGUGCACACGUUGUGACGUGUGUGUGCGUGUUUGUGGAAAUGUGUGUAGGCUUGUGUGUUUUGAUGGGCAAUACAGUGGAGAUAAGGCCUCUGGACGGGGUGGGGGUUGAGCAAUCUGACCACGGCUCCACAUUCUGGCCAGAGCGGAACUUCCUUCCUUGCCUGAUCCUGCACAGAACAAACACUCCGAGGCUUGUAUAAAUGGGAGCUAUGGUGAGCCGCCAGACUCUGUUUCAGCUUUGGAUCGCCGAUCAGAACCGUCGAUACGACCGCAGGUCCUAAGUAGAAGCCAUGCUCUUUUUUUCCGCCAGCAUGAAUCUGAUCACUCCGACGCUGUUUUUCUGCGGGCUUUUCCUGCAGGAAGCUGCCGCCUCCCAGCGCGCUCGCUGCUCCGGGGAUCUCUGCCUCUUCCAGCGGUCCGCGGGCUUUAACGCAGCGGAGAGAGAGUGCCAAGAAUCGGACGGACAGCUGGUCCAGUCCGGCGCUGAUGACCAGAUGACGGCGUUAAAGCGUCUGAUGAUCGACGUCAGCGGGAGAUUCUGGCUGCACGGUGGCCCGAACUGCACCGCCGUGUCUGGGGGGAGGGGGCGCAAUGUCACGGUGCUGUCCGAGCCGUGCCGAAGCACCUUGGACGGCUUCUUGUGCCUGUACGACCCCUCGUCUGUUUGCAGCGCCGUUCAGAGCGCAGGGGGCAACUUUGUCACGUACAGCACAUCCAGGGGCUUUGUCGUGCUGGAUUCGGAGACGUUUCCACCGGGGACCCUGGCCCUGGUGGUGCCGCGCAACGCUCAUUACCCAGACUCCAAGUAUCUGUGCCUCUCGCACUGGUUGCAGGCUCCGUGGACCUGCGAGGUCCUGGAGGGAGGCUGUGAUCACGAAUGCAACAAAACAGCAAACACCUGUAUGUGUCCGCCCGCGCAUUCGCUCCAUCACAACAACAUCUCCUGCGCGGAGCCCACGGGUGUCCCGUCAGAGAUCCAGGGGUGCCCCAGGGGCUACAAGCUGGCGGCGGACGGGCGGAGCUGCGAGGACGUGAACGAGUGCGCGGACGACCCUUGCAUAGAGGAGGGCGAGCACUGCGUAAAUCUGGAUGGAGGGUACGAUUGCCGGUGCGCCGAUGACUUUAUUGAGGAGGACGGCAGGUGCGUAAACAUAUCGAUCUGCAGCUUGUGCGAGCACAUGAAGUGUGACAAGAUCAGCGGGGUGUACCAGUGCGUUUGCAACGAGGGCUUCAGGGUCUCCCCCAGAGACCCCACCAUGUGCGAGCGGGACUGCCAGAGAGAGUGCCCCGCCAUCUGUAAUCCCAAUCCGGAUCUGGAGAAAAAGGACAUGCAGCAGUGCUUCUGCCCCGACAACUACAUCCUGGACAUCAGAGAGGGGACGGCCACCUGCUACGACAUCGAUGAAUGCGAAGCCCAGGCGAUGUGCGACCACCAGUGCGAGAACCUGUUCGGCGGCUUCAGGUGUACGUGCAGGAAAGGCUACACGCUGCAGGGGAAAGAAAAGUGUGUCCGGCUGCAGGGGGCAAGUGAGGAGGAGGAGGGGGAGGAGGAGGCAUCGGGGUCACCUCCUCCGAUUCUCGCUCCGGCCAGCACACCGAUCAGCCUCCAGCCGGCCGCCGUGCCCUCUUACGUCAAGACCGGCAGCGUCCUGGGCAUCACCGUGUUCCUGGGGCUGUGCGUCGUGCUGCUGGUGUGCGUGGUCAGAACCGCCGCGAGACGCUGCGGCAGGUUGACGCUGAACUCCCUAAAACCCAGGGACAUAGACAUUUUCUACCUGCAGCAGAUCACGACGGAGACCUACAAGAGGUUAUCCUUCGACAAGCCGUUUAAAAACGAGCCGCAAAGAGUCUGAGGAGGGCGCGGCGCCUGCGCAGUUGGGAUGCACCGAUCAGCCUUUUCUUUCUUUGCUUGAAAAGGCCCGAUUUUCUCUCUUAAAACCCCAAACCAAGUGCAAGAAGAACGCAGCUCUGCCUUAAACCUCAAUGAUUUGCUUCAUCCAGUAACAAAUGGAUUAGGUUUACCCAGCUUACAUGUAUUUAUGAUGGUUUAACUUGACAACAUAUAAACUGAACAAAUGAAGUUGGAUUAACUUCAUUCAAUUACUUGUUACCAACUGGAGCAAUUUCUAUAAGUUGGAGCUGUAAGCGAGUUCAAUGAUAAAGGUAAUUUUGGAUUAAAUAGAAAAGACAAAAAUUACAAAGGCAUGCUCCUCACCAUCACACCUGGCUGUUAUGAAACCCCAAAAAAGCAUCAACGCACAUCCUAGUUGAUGCAUCUGUAGACCAAAGAUGAGUUUUUAGCUUUGUUGUCUUUAAUGAUAUCAUAAGCCUUAUUAACAAGCUAUUACUGACCAGAGCUGAUCAUGUGGAAAUUGGCCUAUUUUGAUCUCGGGCGGACUGAUCGGUGCAUCUCUAAUAUCCUCUUCUGAUCUGAUGCGCUGGUGUCUGCCGUCGGAGACAGAAAAGACCCCAAAGCUACUUUAUAGGUCACACCGUAAAGCCGUCCAACACACGAGAGAAGCGAGAAUGAACAGCAAUAAGGUCUUUGUAGUUGUUGUUGAUUUUUUUAACGAUAGAAUUAAAGCUGUUUCUGUGCGCCAUAAAAAGGAAAUAUCGGUUUUCAACCAGAAGACGCUCUGAUCAGCCUGAGUAAUGGUACUGUACAGUCAGGAGAAAGUCCUGCUUCUCCACCACGCCACGCUCCCUCGUGUUUGUGAAGCUGAACCUGUUUUAAUCCUCCGACAAAGUCACGUUUAGUGUGAAGCUAAAAACAAAAGGCACUGGAUGUAGAAAAAGGAACAAAAUCCGCUGCUGCUGUCAGCUGCCUCAGACGUUUGCUCUGGAUUUACGGACCUUUGACACAAACAGGGCAGAUCUGAUCACCAUUGGGAGAGGACCGCGUCAAGCAACCCAGCAUGGAAACAGAGCGGACUGAUGACAUGUGGGUUAAAUAUAAGAUAGUAUUUAUGUCAAAAGGCGAACUUUGGGCUGAUUUGUGCAAAAGAGAUUCACUCUGUGUGACAAACAACCCGCGAACUGAACAUCACCAGCAUCACUUGGAGUUCUUCUGAAUACUCAGAAUGUACAGUCUGUUUGCUGCUACGUAUAACUUCACUGUUUAACGGGCUGAUCCUCACCGGUCAUCUUCAUAUGAAUGUAAAAAAAAAAAAAAGAAAAAAUUUAAAACUGUGCUGCUAUAUUACAGCUGCAAACAUCUGGUCUGACAGACUUACGGCAAGCCUCGUUAUAUUUAAUCAUGUUUACACUGUUUCUCCACUAGAAAUGUCUAUAAAUGUCUAUGAAUUUAAGUCAUUCAAGAAAAGGGGAAUAAAGAUGAAAAGUUGUCCAUA